AAGCCUAUAAGCGACGCGGCGCGGGCGUAGUCGAAUUGCAGCAACGUAUCGGACGCAUUGUGACUUUCGUUCCGUCAGUCCUCGCGAACACUGGUCUCCAGUUUUAUGUGUAAAAAGUUAACUUAAUUAAAUUGAUACGAUGGACGCCGGAGAUUUUAAGGACUUCGCCAAGGCGAUGACAGACUAUAUAGCAGAAUACUUAGAAAAUAUCAGAGACAGGCAAGUGGUUCCGUCAGUGAAGCCGGGGUAUUUGCGGCCUUUGCUGCCAGACCAGGCGCCGGAGAAGCCGGAGCCCUGGACGGCUGUGAUGGCUGACAUCGAGAGGGUCGUGAUGUCCGGGGUGACGCACUGGCACUCACCCCGCUUCCACGCUUACUUCCCCACCGCCAACUCUUACCCUUCGAUCGUUGCUGAUAUGCUCAGCGGGGCCAUUGCCUGUAUCGGAUUCACAUGGAUUGCCAGUCCAGCAUGUACGGAGUUGGAGGUGGUUAUGCUGGACUGGUUGGGUCAGAUGUUGGGUCUGCCUGACGAGUUCCUGGCACGGUCGGGGGGCGAAGCGGGCGGGGUUAUCCAGGGCACGGCCAGCGAGGCCACGCUCGUGGCGCUCCUGGGGGCCAAGGCCCAAGCCAUGCAGCGCAUCAAGGAGGACCACCCCGACUGGACUGACUCUGAAAUAGUGUCCAAACUUGUGGGAUAUUGCAACAAACAAGCUCAUUCUUCGGUGGAACGGGCUGGUCUCCUAGGUGGAGUGAAGCUGCGCUUGUUGAAGCCGGACGCCAAGAGAUGCCUGCGGGGUGAUAUCCUUAGAACGGCCAUGGAGGAAGAUAUUAGUAAAGGACUUAUUCCAUUUUACGUUGUAGCAACGCUGGGCACUACCUCAUCAUGUACGUUUGAUGAUGUCGAUGAGAUCGGCGACGUGUGCCAGGUACACAACGUGUGGCUGCACGUGGACGCAGCCUACGCGGGCUCUGCGUUCAUCUGCCCGGAAUUCCGAUACCUGAUGAAAGGCAUCCACAAGGCAGACUCCUUCAACUUCAACCCACACAAAUGGAUGUUGGUGAAUUUCGACUGCUCCGCUCUGUGGCUGAAGAAGCCGCGGUGGAUCGUCGACGCUUUCAAUGUCGAUCCUUUGUAUCUAAAACAUGACCAACAGGGGUCGGCCCCUGAUUACCGUCAUUGGCAAAUUCCUCUCGGACGUCGCUUCCGAGCUCUGAAGUUAUGGUUUGUUUUGAGAUUAUACGGUGUUGAGAACCUUCAGAAGCACAUCAGAAAACACGUUGCACUGGCCCAUCUUUUUGAAAAGCUAUGCAUUUCUGAUGAAAGGUUUGAACUAUUUGAGGAAGUUACGAUGGGAUUAGUUUGCUUUAGACUAAAAGGCAGUAACGAAUUGAACGAAGAAUUGUUAAGGCGUAUUAAUGGUCGUGGUAAAAUUCAUCUCGUACCUUCCAAGAUUGAUGACGUUUAUUUUUUGAGAUUGGCGAUUUGCUCUCGUUUCACUGAAGAAAGCGAUAUUCACUUUUCUUGGGACGAGGUGAAAGCAUCUGCAGAGGAAGUAUUUAAAAGUUACAAGGAGUAAUACCAUAAAUGGUGCUAUAUUAGCAUAGACCCUGUAAGCCUAUACCUACCUAAGUACCUAUGUCUUGCUGUCUGGGUUCCUAAAUAUGCCCUAUCGAGAGCUUGAUGACCUAUUGUGCUACGUGUCUGUAAAUCUAAACUUCCAAUGGUUUUUCUUAAUUAUUUCAAAAUACCUGAUCAUCAAUACAUGUAAUAAAAUUGAAGAAAGGCCAAAUUUGUACAUUGGAUAUAUUUUUUAAUUCUUCAUGGAAUAUACUUAGAUACUGAUAUAGAUGACGAAAAUAUAGUUUUGGAAAUUUUUGUAUGUCUGUCUGAACGCGCAUCACUCGAAAUCUACUGGAGCGAUUUGCUUGAAAUUUGGUGUGUAGGUUACCUUAUACACCGGGUUAACAUCUUAGAUACAUUUCAUCCCGGUAAAUGGUCAGGUUCCCAUAGGAUAAUUGAAAAACUAAUUAUGAAUUAAAAAUGCCUCGGAAUUACGGGCUAACAUCUUAUAGACAUUUCAUUUCAUCCCGGAAUAUGAGGGGUCAUGUGGGGAAAAUUAGAUACAUUUCAUCCCGGUAAAUGGUCAAGUUCCCGUAGGAUAAUUGAAAAACUAAUUAUGAUAUGAAUCAAAAAUUCCUCGGAAUCCACGAAGCCGAUUUAUUUUAAAAUUUUGUAGAAAAUAACAGUAAUAGUAAAUACAAAAAACGUUUAAUUUACGUUUGUGGUUAAUAAAAAACCGGGACGUAAAACGUCAUGGAAAUAAGGACGGCACGCGUUGCAGAAAGCGGGAGUAGGAGUCGGAGCGGGAAAUGGGAAGGAGACAUGUAGUAGGGAAACGGGACGGGACACUUUGCGAAAAACAUGAUGGCACAUAGUACGGGAUAUCUACAUUAAAUAGCAGAAAGCGGGAUUGGACACGUUUGCGGGGUGAGACACUCAACGGGAAACAGGAAAUGGAACUAAAGAUGAGAAAAAAUGCGAAUUUGAAUCAUACCAGUCUUGCAGAGUACGCGAUAAAAAAUUACUGAGAUUUUGAUAUGAAAUUAACGCGGGCGAAGCCGCGGGCAAAAGCUAGUACAUGAUAAUAACUACUGUAGAGUUCCUUUGUAUUGUAUGAUGUACCUAUUACUACGGAGUCUCUAUACGUACUCCGUGCUAUUUACCCAGUAAAUUAUGUAUAUAGACAUGUAAGUAACUAAAUUUAAUAAAAUUAUUUCGCAAUAACAAACUGCCCAUGUGAUAUUUAUUUUGUUAAUUUAAUUAUGAUUGUUUUAAUUAAGUAAAUAUGAUAAUUAAAUGUUUUGCCACUAGACAACAAUUGUAAUUGUAAUUUUAGAUGUAUUUAUAAGUACCUACUCACUUUUUGUUCUUCGUUAUACACUCGCAUUAAUUGUGACGUUAUAUGGAUAAAUAAAAAGGUUGGUCGGUUUUUAGUUACGCACUGAGGUUACGCAUAGGUAUUUAUUUCUGUAACGAUUCUCAAAAACGUUUGAGAUAAAACAUUAUAACACAUUAAAAAACAUCUAUUUAUAUCAUAGAUCAACAAAAAGAGUAUUGAAGGAUAGAUUUGAUGUAAGUAGUUAAUUAUCUAUUUUCUAAUCAAUAUUCAAUAUAUAAAAUCCUGUACAUUGAAUAUAUUUACAUGAAAACAAAAUUAGGCGUUAGAGUCAUAGUAACAGAGAAAGAAUUUGAAAAAUACACUGUCUGUACACGCUAAUCUUCGGAACUACUGGAGGGAUUGGAAUGAAACUUUUUUUGUUAUAUAGUUAUUAAGCCUGUGCAAAAUAUAGGGUAUAAAUAAUUUUAAAAACUGGAACACCUGAUGGAUAACAAUGAUGGUACAGCAAAACUACAGGAAAUAUAUAAAUGACGCCCUAAUAAAAGUUGUUCAGUCAGUCGAUGAGCAUUUUCUGUUGAGGUAUAAAAAAUGAAGAUCUAGAACACCUGAUGCAGACCCAUGAUGGUCCAGUCAGGUUUCAGUCGUAUGAGCAUCUUCUGUAUAGGUAUCGUUACCCUUUGUUUGUACAGUUAAAUUUCUCUAAUAAUUUUGAUUCCUUACCAAAAUCUUUUCGGCCACGCGAACGAAGUCGCGGGCAUCAGUUAGUUAAUACUAAAACACAUAUUAAUGUAGGAAAAACAUAUUGACGUGUUACAUUUCAUUUAAAUGAACUAAGUAAGUAUUAUUGUUACUAAGUAGGUAGAUAUAUUUAUUAUUUUCGAAAUAUUUAUACCUAAGUAAUAGGUAUUGUAUCGUAUAGCUCCUUCUAAAUAUUUUAAAUAGGUAUGUAUCACGUAGGUACCUACAUUACUACUAUGUAUAAUAAACAUUUGUAACUAGAUGUUGAGUGUUCAAUAAAUCUGUUGAAUUGA